GCUACCUGCAUGAUGGUUUUUUAACCUGGCAUGUGGUGCAGAAAACAUUUUCUCUUGGUGACUGAAGUGAUGGGAACUGUUUGGGCCUUUGUUAUUUGUGUGCUGACUGUUUGGAUUACCAAAGGCUCGAGUUUGCCAGUUGGUGGCACAAAUGAAAGACGUGAUAAUGGGCUGCAGAGGAGAAUGAUUAGAGAUACGUCUCCCAAUGGUAUCUCCAUGAAGAAGGCCUUUAAACUUCUCCAGUCAAUGGAGUCCAUGUUGACGCAAGAUGCUAAAGAAGCACAACUGGAAACCAAUGAAGUAGAAGCUGAGGCAUCUGUUGGCCAACUGGAACAUGUAAAAUGGCCCCUGAACGGACCCAAAGAGCUCAAAACCUAUCUGACAUCCGGCAAGCAGCCCGCCAACCUGACGUCCGUUGCCAAUGCGACGUCCGGCGACCAGCCCUCCAACGCGACGUCCGGCGACCAGCCCUCCAACGCGACGUCCGGCGACCAGCCCUCCAACGCGACGUCCGGCGACCAGCCCUCCAACGCGACGUCCGGCGACCAGCCCUCCAACGCGACGUCCGGCGACCAGCCCUCCAACGCGACGUCCGGCGACCAGCCCUCCAACGCGACGUCCGGCGACCAGCCCUCCAACGCGACGUCCGGCGACCAGCCCUCCAACGCGACGUCCGGCGACCAGCCCUCCAACGCGACGUCCGGCGACCAGCCCUCCAACGCGACGUCCGGCGACCAGCCCUCCAACGCGACGUCCGGCGACCAGCCCUCCAACGCGACGUCCGUUCCCUCAGUCAACCUGACGUCCGUUCCCUCAGUCAACCUGACGUCCGGCGACCAGCCCUCCAACGCGACGUCCGGCGACCAGCCCUCCAACGCGACGUCCGGCGACCAGCCCUCCAACGCAACGUCCGGCGACCAGCCCUCCAACGCAACGUCCGGCGACCAGCCCUCCAACGCGACAUCCGUUCCCUCAGUCAACCUGACGUCCGUUCCCUCAGUCAACCUGACGUCCAGCGAGCAGCCCGCCAACUUCAUGCCCACCGAGCAGACUGACGUCGUGACGAUUUGAUGUUUCUGCAUUUACAUAUCUGUUUUAUAUAAAACUCAACUGAUUAUAUUUGUU